AUGAGUUGGAAACUGAUCAACUGCAACUCCGGUGAGGUGUGGGCCCUGCCCCCCUCUUUGUCUUGCGUGCCUAGUGGAUUUUCACAGGAUGCUGAGGCCAGGAAGACCGGCAGAGGCAGCGAUGUGUUUCGAUCCGAGACGGCGAAUGCGCCGCAACGAAAGCAUCACUCUGCGGACUCUCCCUCGUCUCUCGGAGAUGCCGAUGAGGCCGUAGACUACGCGUUUAGCGUCGGCCGGAGUCCCCAGUGUGCGCUUCAAAUUCCAGACCGCGGCGUGAGCCGCCUUCACGGCUGCUUCCGAGUUUUUCCUCCCGCGCCUGAAGCGAUCUUUCUCUCUUCACGGGAUCGUCUUCCUCUUCCGGAGGGAGUCGCGUCGCCGACCUCGGUGCCAGAAAGCAGUCUCGAAGGCAACGAGCCAUCCCUCCCCGGUCGAUCCUCCAGCCUUCCACUCACCACACCGACGCAUGAGUCACACCUUCACGCACACCUAAAACCUCUGCUGACACCCCCGCCUGUCUCGCCUGUCUCCUGCAGCUCCGCGCUCUCCUCUGGGUGUCGCGUAAAGAGAGAGGGGUUAACCGAGACGCCGAAUUCCUGUUCUGCUCGCGGUGACGAUGACUCUUGCCGGCGGCGGCUUGUCCGCUGGUCGGUGACUCAGACCGGACGCGUGUUUUUCGUCGAUUUUUCCACCAGCGGCACCAAGCGGAACGACGUCCUGCUUCGCUACCCGCCUGAGCUCCGCGAGGCGCACCGGAGGGGCCGCGCGGGCUCCAAAUCCAAGGAUGCAGGCGUCGCAGCAGAGGACCCCACGGGGACGCGAAGGUGGUUCGAGCUGUUUGACGGCGAUAUCCUUCGUUUUGGCCCGUGCUCUUCUGACUUUGUGCUUCGCUUCUUCCCACUUGUCUUCUGUCUCUCCUCGUCGCGGCCCCUAGCGUCUCCCUCGAUCUCCGCUGAGCAGACGCCGGGCGCCGCAAGAGCCGCGUCCGACAGCGCGCGACAGGACGCGACUCCCACGAGCGCGGAAGUCGUCGAUGAGCUGUGCGAGAGAGGCAGAUGGAGCGGCGCGUAUUUCCUCACGGAGCGAUGGCAUCCGGCGUGUUGCGCGUUGCUUGUGCCAAGUCGCCCGCCGCUGCCGCGGACGAAGCUUCUCGGGUGCAUUCUAUCGAAUCGCCCGCUUCUGAGUCCCUCGAUCUUUCCGCUGUCGCUUCUGCAGCCCACGGAGGGCGCAACGCCAGCCCCGCCCCGCGCGAGAGGCAUCUACCUAGCAAGAUGCCUUCUCGAGGCAGACGGUUGCCCUCUCUGCCUCUCUCCCACCUCGCCGGCAGCGUGCUCCGGCGCCGAAGCGACCGCCAAGUCCGCGCUGAGCGGCAGCGGGCCCUCGUCUAUUAGCCGCGAAGCCGACGCUUCCUCCCGCGCGGCGGAGGCCGUUCGCCGCUGUGCUCGCUGCCAUCUCGCGCAGGCGCAGCGCGAGGGCGGGCGGCAAGGCGAAAGCGCGAGAGAAGGAGAGUCGAGCCUAGGCGUCGCGUGCUCGCCAGAGGCCGAGACUGACUGGCGACGCCUCGUGAAGGGAGAGGGCGAAGAGUCAACCCUCGAGGCGCGCUCGCGGGUCAAGACCGAAAAGGACCCCCGCCAGGGCGCAACCCGAGUGGGGCCGGGCGCAGCUGCAGACAGGGCUGCUUCGGAGGACGAGGGGAGCAAGAGGAGGCAAGCUCGUGGCUUUGCGAUUGCCGAUGCGUUCCUGCCAAUGGCCGCCAUCAACAGCCACCAGAUCCUGAGGGGCUACGCUAAACAGCCUCUCUUAACUCCGCGACAGGAUCUCUUUCGGAACUUCGUGUUUUGGCUCUUCUUCCCGCCGGCCGGCGCUGAAAGCCACAACUGGUUUCAACGCGGAGAGCAGGCUGAAGAAGACAGAGAAGAGCCGCGGAAACGCUCCAGUCAGCUUGCGGAGCUCCUCAGGCAGGGGCGCGUCCCCGUCAUCGACCUCUUCGCCGCCGCACGCGAGUCUGCGCCUUCGUCCGCUGCUUCGCAAGCCUCUGUUCUCUUUUCGGCUCCCGCCCCCGCGCGUCAGGAGGCUCCUUCCUCGCGGGGACUGCUUUCCGCGCGCGACUGCCUGCUCGCGCUGGAAGACGACUCGCUCGCGGUGCCCAGCGCAGCGAAUCCGCCGCAGCAGGUCUGCCCGGUGCGCUUGGCUCACUGGCUUCACACGAAACUUGAGGAAACGCGGACGAAUCGAGAGGAAUUAAUCGCGUCUUUCCGUGGCUCUCCUCAGGUUGGAGCAGCGGACCGCGACGCCACGACGCAUGCGGAAACGUGGAGUGCGGCUUCGUGUUUGCCUUGCCCAGCGCUUUCCGCCCGCGGCUCCUCACCACCGAAAGAGAGUUUUGUUUUGGUCGUUCCGAAGGACCUCGAAGCCGCGGCACUGGACUCCAAGACAGCGUCCCUCCUCACAGGGAUCCUCCUCGCCAUGUACCUUGCCUUUUCGGGGUGUCUGCCUCCCUUGUCGACCGCCUGCGCCUCUCCCGCCCACGACUGCUUGCAUCUCUCCUCUGUGCGUGCCCCCUCGGUAGCGUCUGCUGCGCCCGCGGCGCGUCACGACGCGCCGACGCUUUUCGUCUGCUCCGAAUUCCAGAUCGCACUGUCCAUUCUUCUGGGCGUCCCCCUGUUCCCUCUGUCGCGAGGCGGAAGUGCCGGCGGCAUACGCCCGGCGGCAGGCUGCGAGGCCCUCGCGCAGAGCCUCGCGCCCCGCGACUCGUCCUCGGCUGCGCCGGGGGGGGCGUCGCAGUCGCUGGAGCCGUCCACGAAGAAGCUGGAGGAAAGCGAACUCUUCCGGAGCCUGCGCGAGGAAGCGUGGCAGCGCGCGCUGGCCGUCGCCGGCGCGACGAGCCGAGCCGCCAGCCGCGCAGAAGCAGAAGCGCAUAAGGAGGACCGGCGCAGAGGCGCGCGCGGCAUGGGUCAAGUCACAGGGUGCGCUCGCGACGCCGACCGAUCUGGCGACGCGCAUGCGAGGCUGAGUCUCCCGAACGAGCCCCUCCACCGGACGCCGGCUUCUCAAGUCACCAGGGGCCUCCAGGGCACCGCCGUCACGCCCUCACCUGUGCGCGCAGCCCCUUUACUGCUCCCCGCUCGCGCGGCUGCCGCCUCCUGUUCGCCUCGUAAACGUCUAGGUCCCUUGCGCGGCGCUAGGGCAGCAGAGGCCCCGCUGCAGCUCGUCGCUGUGAGUUGCCGGCCGAUGGGAGUGGACAGCCGGGGCGAAGGCGCACCCUGGUCGUCGGGAGACUUCGCAGAGCCUGGCGCAAUGGGCCUCUCUGACGGCCUCGCAGCCUCGACGUCGGCGCGACAGCGUUCAAGCUGCGGCGUGUGGCGGCGCAAACGCAGGGCGACGAGUGAAGGAAACGGCGGGGAUGGAGGCGAGCACAGCAGGGAAGGCGCAGGCGAGAAGGACAUGAGCCCGCGAGUACGAGCCGAACGACCUGCCCCCCAGGCAGCGCGACAAGAGGUUGGGUGCCUUCCAAUGGAGGAGCGGCAAGAGGUCGCCCCGCGCUGCGGUGACGUCAAGUGCUUCCGGAAGAAUCGAGUGCUCCAGCGGCGACCCAGUGGAAAGCCUGAGCGCGUCAGCCUUGCGCCGCUCACUAGUUGUCCUCCUGCAGCUUCGUCUGGCUCCUUCUCCCAGCCCAUGAAUGGCGGGCGAAGCGAGGAGGACGAGGCGGAGACAGCGAAUGGAGGGGAAGCCGGCGGAAGAGCAAAGCACCCAAACCACGCCAAGGGCGUCGGCGGGCUCGGCCGCGUCUCGCCUCUUCGCGCCUGUGCGGGAGAAGAGGAAGCGCAUGCUCGGAGAGGAACAAGAGAGUGUGGCGGCGCAGAGCUCCAAACGGGCUUGGAGUGCUGUUUGCCGGGGAACCAUAGUCGCAGCCGAUGUGGAGAGCGUCCUCAGGGCUUGAGGGGUUCGACGGAGCCGCUUCUACUGGGCGAACUGAAAGAAGCCACGGACGGGCCCCAAGGCAGGGAGGAGGUGCGAGCUCGAGGCCGGGCGGUGAGUAGAGAGGAGGAGACCGGGAGAGAGACACCCAACACAAACCGAGCCCGUGGCGCGGGCGGCGGCGCGCAGCACAGCGGCAAAGACGACAUGCAGGGGGAGAACAAGUGGCAAACUCCACAUGCGCAUGCGGAUUCAGUGUGCCAGCCGGUGACUCCAAGAGACGAACGGAAGAGGCCUGAAGGGCGAGAAAGCGAGGCGCCCGCAGGCGCUACACAGCCUUCGAGCCCAGCCGCGGAUCGGCCUCCGGCUGCCAAAGCGGCGGGUCCAGCGAAGAAGCGGCGUCUUCCUUGGCAGCAACGAUGA